AGAAAAGGCAGAAAAACGGGUGAGGGGCCGACGCAAGAAAUGUGGCUGAGCGAACCCGCGAACACAACGGAUAGGAAAUCCAAGAACAGAACCAAAAGAUAAGGUCAUCUCACAUUCAACGAAGCACACGAUUCACAACCAAACCACCUUCAAUGGCUUCUCUGCAUUGCUCCCCCUCUAUCCAUAAGUCCUUCUUCGUCAAUUCUCUUCCUCAGAGACUCCGUGGAAGAUUUGUUUGCUGCAGAGCGGGGAUUUCGUUUCUUGUCCGGGCCGAGCAAGCACACGGAUCUUCCAGUAAUGGUCAAGCCUGCAGUUCCGAAGAUAGGCUUGGGAGACGCCAGCUACUAGCUGGCAGUUCCUUUAUCACUUGGAUUUCUCUUGCAGACAUGAAUUCAAUGUCAUUUGCUGCAGAAUCAAAGAAAGGGUUUCUAUCAGUUACUGACAAGACAGAUGGUUACUCAUUCCUUUAUCCAUUUGGGUGGCAGGAAGUAGUCAUUGAUGGUCAAGAUAAGGUGUUCAAAGAUGUAAUUGAACCGUUAGAAAGUGUCAGUGUCAAUCUGAUACCAACCAGCAAAGAUGAUAUUCGCGAUUUUGGUCCCCCUCAACAGGUUGCAGAAACUUUGAUAAAGAAGGUUCUAUCUCCUUCUAAUCAAAAAACGAAGUUAAUCGAAGCAUCAGAGCAUGAAGUUAAUGGGAAAACAUACUACACAUUUGAGUUUGUAGCUCAAGCUCCAAACUACACUCGCCAUGCUCUUAGCACAAUUGCCGUUUCCAAUGGAAAAUUCUACACUUUGACGACCGGAGCAAAUGAGAGGAGGUGGGAGAAAAUGAAAGAUAAAUUGCGCACAGUUGUUGAUUCCUUCACAAUUUCAAACGUUUGAUUCUCUCAGGUUGUUUAGAACUAAACUUCAGUAACGUUUCCACACCUUUUGUGCUUUAAUUCUUUAGAUUGAGGAGUGAGCUUGAGAGGGAUUGCAAUUUGCCUUGUAUUGUCGGAUGUAUACCUAAAAGAAUGCAAUAACACCACAAGGUUUGAUGUUAGUCA